AUGGCUAUGCCACUCAGCACGAGAGCAGAGUGCUGGGUUUGGUACGGCCUGGCGAUUGGUGCGGUCGUAAUGAGAUAUCAGUCUCAGUACCUCGUCCGCAAGCGCAGGUUCUUCGACAAAAUGACUAUAGACGACAUAUUGAUGGCUAUAAUAGUCCUAAUAUACACUACCUCGAUCUCCGCACUAUACAUCUACUUUGACAUCGUUGCGACGACCGACUUUGACGCCCUCACUCCGGAUGAGUAUGCCGCAGUUGGUCGCAAGAUGGGAAUACUGAACAUUCUAUCCGAAACAUCGAUGCAAACAACACUUUGGGGUAAUAAGUGUUGUUUACUGCUAUUAUACAAUCGCCUGACUCUCUUUGGCCAUUAUCGAAAGACUUGGGUCAGCGUUGCAGCUUACACCGGGCUUGCAUACGUUGCAGUCAUCGUUUCACUAUACGGAGGGUGGUGCAGGCCAUUUUCCGAGUACAUGGAGCUUCAGCCAGAAAACGCGGAAUGCUUGACAUGGAAGAACUACAACAUAUUGCAAAUCACGAUGAACCUAUCGACGGAUCUGGUGCUUCUUCUAAUUCCGGUCACAUUGAUCAGCCGGUUAAAGAUGAAAAUCGGAAAAAAACUCCUUCUCAUCUGUCUCUUUAGCAUGGGCGUAUUCGUUAUGCUUUGCGCAAUCCUUACCAAGGUCGCCGUCUUCACCUACUCAACCGACUUCGUCUGGUUUAUGUGGUGCGUGCGCGAGACGAGUACCGCGAUGCUAGUCGGCAACCUCGUCCUCGGAAUGCCCACCCUGCGUGCCGCGUGGCGGUGCGUCUUCCCGCAGAGCAGUAUCACGCCUUUGCGAGAUGGAGAAUCCUCUGCGGGUACGGGGGAGACGUACGCGACGUAUAACACGGCGAAGAAAGUCUCCCGCGUCGGUUCGGACGCCUGGUCGGCCGCGGAGCAACAGCACCACCACGGAGGCGGUCCGUCUCAGUGGAACUCGCCUCCCGCCGCCAGAGUCGCGAUCAGUAGCGUCUACACGGAUUUUGAUCUUUACGGGAAGGCUGGAGCUAAGGGGGAGAGUAGGAGGUUGUCGAUGGGGUCGGAGCAUGUAUGA